ACUUCUCGCGUGUGUUUUUUUAGGAGUGCCGCGGUGGCUGAUGGGAUCGCUCCACCGCUGGUGUGGACAUGUCCGCCAUGUUUUCCGCGGCGCAGGGAGCGGAGCAGCCCGGAGAAACGGCCCCUACGUCCCGUUAAACCCGCACGCUGAUGAGUCGUCCCGCCGGUUACCGGAGCAGCGGACACCGAUGAACUCUACUGCGGCGGACACAGUCGCGUCCGGAGCGGAUUCACGUCGGUAUCGGUGCGGGUUUGUGACGGGAUUCACGGUUCCCUCGGAUUGUCGCUGAUUUGGCGCAAACAAUGAGUAAACUCUCGUUCCGGGCGCGAGCGCUAGACGCCGCCAAACCGCUCCCGGUUUACCGCAACAAAGACCUGCCGGACCUGACCGACUGCGUGUCCAUCAACCGGGCCGUCCCGCAGAUGCCCACCGGGAUGGAGAAAGAAGAAGAGCUGGAGCACCACCUGCAGAGGGCGAUCUCAGCCCAGCAGGUGUUCAGGGAGAAGAAGGAGAACAUGGUGAUCCCCGUCCCUGAGGCGGAGAGUAACACCACCUACUACGACCGCCUGUACAAAGGAGAGGUCAAAGUUCCCAAACAGCUCAUACACAUACAGCCUCUGGGUCUGGACCUGGAGCAGCCAGACUACGACAUGGACUCAGAGGACGAGACGCUGCUCAACAGACUGAACAGAAAGAUGGAGAUCAGACCUCUGCAGUUUGAGACCAUGGUGGACCGACUGGAGAAGGCCAGCACGCACCAGCUCGUGUCCCUGUCGGAGGCGAAGCUGCUGCUGAACGAGGAUGACUACCUGCUGAAGUCUGUGUACGAUUACUGGGUGAGGAAGAGGAAGAACUGUCGGGGUCCGUCUCUGAUCCCUCACAUCAAACAGGAGAAGAGAGACGGAUCCACCAACAACGACGCCUACGUGGCCUUCAGACGCAGGACCGAGAAGAUGCAGACCAGGAAGAACCGUAAGAACGAUGAGGCGUCGUACGAGAAGAUGCUGAGGCUGAGGAGAGAGUUCAGUCGGACCGUCACCAUCCUGGAGAUGAUCAAGAGGAGAGAGAAGUCCAAGAGAGAGCUGCUGCACCUCACCCUGGAGGUGGUGGAGAAGAGGUAUCAGAUGGGAGACUUCAGCGGAGACGUCCUGAGAGAGGUCUCACUCCCUCUGGUGGAGAAACCUGUGUACAGCACCUCCACCUCCCUGAGCAAUGGGAUCAGACACAAAGCUGACGUCAAGGUCAAGAUGCAGAAGAAGUCGGAGUUGCUCAGAGACGAGCUUCCCCUCGACCUGCUCAGACCAAAGAAGAAGAACAUCAGACGGGACAGGUUGUAUCCUCCUCAGAGACGUCCUGGCCGCCCCCCCGGUCCCUACACCGUCAACCAGGCCGACAUCAAACAGUACGACUUCCACAGCUCCGGAGAGGACGAGUGUCCGCCGCCACCACUGUCUCCCCCGUCGUCGCCUGAUGAGGAGAACAAUCCUGACGGAGUGUUUGUCUUCAGGAGGAAAGCUGGAUGUCAAUAUCUGUCUCCUCGUACGGAGCAGACGGGUGGAGACGACCGCGCGGAGCUUCUCCCUCUGUGUCUGCGUCACUCUCUGACUGAACUGUCUCGACCUCCUCACUGGACGGGACUGAGCCGCCGCAGGAUGGGACGAGGAGGACGGAUCAUCCUGGACCGAGCCUCCUCAGGUCUGGAUCCGGUCCUGAAGCAGCUGGACUGUUUAGCACACCCAGUCUUCAGGACCAGAACCGGUAUCUGUGUCCACCGGGACCACUUGGCGACCCUGGACCGGAAACCCCACCUGACCUCAGGAACCAGCCUUCCCUCCCUGACGGAAGUCCUGAACAGUAUCCAGAACCUGAGGAGAUUCUGCUUCAGACCCAGACAGGUCCAGGAGCAGAGGGAGGGGGGCAGAGGGUUCACACUGGACCACAGCAGACUCACCUGUCGCCUGUCACCUGACCACAGCUCUGGAUCAGGGGGCAUCACAGAGGAGCAGUACCACAGUCACCAACAACAGCUGGUCCAGAUGCAGAAGCAACAGCUGGAGCAGCUGCAGCUGCAGAACAACACAACUUCAAACAGACUCAACGCGCUGCACAGAGCACAGUCCCUCCGGCCCGGUGAGUCCAGCUCAAAGACUCUGGACUCUGCCAGUGCUCAGUUUGCAGCGUCGGCUGUGAUCAGCGCUCCUCCUCCUCCUCCUCCUCCUCCUCCUCAUGGUCACAGUGAGAUCAAACCCUUCAGGACCAGUGUGAAUGGAGUCCAUCCUUCAGGUCCCUCCAGGCCUCCGUACUCCUCCUCUGUCAGCAGGAUGGGGCUUUCAGCUCGGGGGUCGUUGUCCUCCUCCUCCUCCCCUCAGUCCCUCCCCAACCAGAGGAGCCAGGUGGGGGCCGUCUCCCCCGCCCACCCCCGCCGCUCGACCCUCCGCCCCCCCAACGUCUGCCUUAAAGCUCGCCACCGUCGCCGCCAGCCUCGACCGCGUGCCCAAAGUCUCCACCGCCAGGUAAACACCCACCUGUCCAGAGCGCCACCUGGAGGCCCAUCGGCUCCGAGCCAGUGGAGACAGAGUUUAGUGUUGAUGAGACUGACGUCCAACACUAGUUGUUGUGACUGAGUCUACAGGAGGUUUUAAAUGUUGGAGGUCUGACGUCAGAGGUUCUGCCUGAACCCUGUGACCUGCAGAACCAGAAUCUACCAAGUCCAGAGUUUGAAAUCUGAGCGUCGACAUGUGGCGGCUGACGGACGCUUCCUGUUUCCUCACAGAGACGCCAACGAGCCGGAGAGACGUCUGAACGGACUGUCUGAGACCACACUGCCCAUGGAGGUCACAUAACAUCGUAUCCCAUCAGCCCCUGCUCCUCCUGUGACCGGUGAAUGUGACACGCCGUGACCUCCCGCAGAAGAAGAAGAAGAUGGCGUCUCUGAGUAGAAUCAGAAGCUUUUACUGAGUGUUGAUAUUAUUCUUAUUGUUAUUAUUGUAAUAAUUGUUGUACAGUUUGUAAAUGUCUCUGAUGUAAAAUAGAUUUUCUCUUCUCAUCAUGUGACUGCAGAGUCCACUCUGAUUGGUCCACAAACAGUCCCUUCACUCUGAUUGGUCCAUAGUCAGCCCUGUGUCUUCGCUCUGAUUGGUUAUUUAUUCUCCUGUUUACAUUUGUUUUUUUCUUUAUCUGCAGUUUUUUCUCCCGCAGAUGAAACCACGUGUUUCCUGUUUGUCCCAUGAUGUUUUUAUUUUGUACCUGUCUGCCUCUGAUCACUGAACUCAUCCAAAUAAAAAUAUGCAUCUUGUAAACACA